AAAUAUGUAGGGAGUUUUCUGGCUCAACAUUUGACCUUGGUGUUUUAGUGUCGGUUUUUUGGUUGGUUUAGUAAUGGGGUGUUCUGUUAUCGUUCGUUGUUCAUAUUUUAGCGACUAAGCAAGACGAUUUGGAAGAAAGCUGUCCGGAAAUAAUGGAGCCUCCAAUUAAGAGACAAUGCUUGGAUGAUGUUCUGGAUCUAAGUCGGAAGUCAAACCAAAUUGAUAAUGAAGGAGGAAAAGCUCCCUGUAAGAAUGAUGAUGACGUUAUUAUGUUGAGCGAAGAUGAAGAUGACAGCUUACUAGGUGCUCUGUGCGAUGAGAUGGAGAAAGAAAAUACACCGAAACCGUCUCUGUUGUCAAAGUCCCGGGCAUUGAUUUUGAAACUGGAAAAUGAACUAAGAAAUGAAGAAAGCGCUUUGAUGCUGUUGCAACAGUUAAGGACCAACCAGAGGUCUCAUGCUCUCCAGCCAAAGGGAACUAAGACACCAUCUGCUACACCCACUGCACGUAAUACUCAGUCGCCAGUUAACCAUGCAAAUAACACAAACCCAGUGAGGAGCGUUCCUCCUACAACCAGUGCCGCUAGAGUUACUCAAUCUCCCGCUCUAAACUCCAAUGUUCCUAAUUCGCAAAACACAUCAACAAUACCUAAGGUUACCAAAAGCAUGGCCAUACAUGCUUUGGAACAACAAUGCAAUGGCAAGAAGGCUAUGCUUCGGAAACAAUUAGAAAGAACCCUGGACAAAGUUGCUCUUCCUAAACCUGCUGUUGGUAACGGAUUAUGUGUUGUACCAUUCGUACCUAGCACAUUGACAAACGAGUUUACUGCACUAAUAGGACUCGAGGAAAUCGUAAAUACUAUACAAGAUUUUGACCCGUUGAACACGGAGAAAAGUUCGGACCAAUCACGGUUUAUUAGUCCUUUCUCUUGUUCACGAUGUGGUACUGACUUUACACCCGUUUGGAAACGUAAACGUCCAGGUUCAUCAGAAGUUGUUUGUGAAGCUUGCAUAAUUGAUGGCCAACGUUCUGCUAUUCACAAAGCAUACAACAAUGUUAUUUCAGCAGCACUGAAACAGCAUGCUGCCCAAGAACGUGAGAUUGAGAACGAAUAUCAAGAUAUUGUUAACUCACCGGCUAAGCUGGAAGCUUUUAUUAAAGAACAUGAACGGAAACUCAUGGUCACACAGCAGGCUCAAAUGGCACAGCAACAGCAGCAACAAUUACAACAAGCCGCUUCGGCUAACAACUUACAUAAUCAGCGCUACCAUCAACAGCAGCAACAACAACAACAAGGUUUUCAGACUCAGAAUAUGUUUAACACUGCUAGUAGUUCUCGACAUGGACAGACAACUCCAGUUAACAGUGCAGCACCAACUCCACUGGGAAUGUCGAAUAUGUCAUCUCGCCGACAGUCUGCAUCCAGCAGUACAAGUGUUAAUUCUCCUGUUGCUUUGCCCAUUCAGCAACAGGGACAUUCGGCUGGAAACGUUGUACAGCAGCUUGCCUCUCGUUAUCAACAGCUCACAAAAGCUGCUGUUGCUGCUGUGGUUGGUGGUGGUCAGAAUCCAGUCAACCAUUCUAUUGCGAAUAAUGCGGCUACUGCUAACCUAAUGAUGGCUGCAGCGGCGAAUCCUAUGCUUGCAGCAGCUGCAGUAUCAGCAACUAGCCAACAGCAACAAUCUGUCGCUCAGCAACAGUUGACAGCUGCCGCAUUAGCCCAACAGAGGUUGGCGGCAGUUGCAGCUCUGAACUUUCAGCAUCAACAGCAGCCACAUCAUGCACAACCUUCAGCUGGGACGGUGCCAUCCAAUAGUCAGACAGAUCAUCUAGCUCAAUUCACUCAAAUGCAAACACUAUUGAUGAGCAGUCUUUUAGGAAAUGCAGCUGCUGUCAGUGGAGCACAAGCAACCGCUAGCUCUAGGCAACAACAACAACAGCAAAUAUUGCAACACGCGCUUCUGCAGUACACCUAUUUAUUACAACAGCAACAAGCUGUUGCAGCUGCUCAGGUUCAACAACAACAACAGCAGCAACAACAACAAAGUCAACAGGUUAACGCAGCUGCUUUACAGCAGUUGAUAAGUGGAGCCGCUGGGAACCCGACAGCUUGUAUGACAUUAUUGCAAAAUUUGUGGGCUCUUAAUGCAGCAUCCAAUGGUGUGAAAAAGUAGAAUACCUACUGACAUACAUAAUUUUCCUUCAAAACUAUUUAUUUCCCCUUCGCUGUUUUUAUGAUUUUGUCAACAAAUAUGUUUUAAUUUACUGUGCCUUAUAACAUCAAUUGCGUACAGUACUAUUCGAGAUACAAUAACAUUUCAUCAUUUGUUCUAGGUUAUCAUAUACAUUUUUCUAUAUUUUACUGAUUAUGGUUUACUGCAUACAUAUAUUCAUUACUACUUUAUUCUUUUGAUGAAUUGACAUACGUCAUUUCCAUUCCGCAUAUUGUAUAUACUUCCAUAUAUUUGUAGUGCUGUUUCAGUAUCACUUACUUUCACGCUGAAAUUUUUGUGAUCUUUCAGUAAACAUAUCUUUGUUUGUCUCCAAUCAUACUUAUUAUUUUAAUCAGUAGUACAUAAUUUAAGUAUGACUUCAACUUUUUUUGAUAUCUAGUGAAAUAUUCCCAUCGUAAUUGAAAGCACAACAGUUGUAAACAUUCAUUAUAAAAGCACAGUUAGUCUUGCAUCAUUUCAAGUUGUCAGCCUUUUGAAAACUGUGCAAAUGUAUGGAAAGAAGUGAAUAGGGUAGUUAAAUGAGUAUUAGUGAAGACUUUCAGAAUCUAGAUGGCACCAGCAAAUGAAUACACCCGAGUGAUUUUAGGCCAUGUCACCGGAAUUCUUAGUCAUCCCAAGGACCCUAGUCAACAAGAUUGCUGAGGUAGGCGGACAGUAGCUUGGCACGUGUCAUAUAUGUCCUGGACACCUCAAUCGAUCGGCUGUUCUUCAAUUAGAUAGUACUAGCCAUCUACCACGAGAGAUUGAUUAGUGGUUUCUGUGAUGGUAAGCCACAUAUAUUCCACACCUUGGAACUUCAACGGCUAUGCUUCAGACAUUGAAGUAGGUCUGAGCAAACUGUUGUACAGUACGUACAUUCUUUCAUAGUUUCCCGGAUAUAACACAGAUAUGAAAAGGUAACGCAAGACGGCAACCGCUAACAAUUCGUGAGUCGGCAAUGAGAAUUCGUCAACAAUAUCACUAAGCAGGUGAAGUGGCGAACUUAUACAACCUUUUCACGUGAUAUCUUUAGGUAUGAUUCGGUGUGGACAUAUCCUGCAACCUCCAAAAUCUGACGGAGGCAGAUUGCAUUGCAGUCAUAUCCAGGUUUUGCUCAGUUUUUGGAGGACUGCGUUUGUCAUCUACACAUAUGAAUACUAUGUAUUCGUAUUCCUUAUCAAGGAGAAUUUUUCUUGAUAGGAUUUUAAUCACUCAUACAUCGAUGCUUAUCAGGUUCGCUUUCACUGCUAUAUCUAUAAUAGAGUUAAAUAGGACCUAUGACGUUGAAAGUCCUUGACAAAACAUUACUGUUUGUUUGCACUUCAAACGACGUGCCUUUAUUACCUCUUAAAUGACUGCCUAAGUUGCAGCAGGGUGCCAUAAUCAACACAUUGUGCUUUCUUGUACUCCGAUCACAAUCAAAUAUUUACACAACUCGGUUGACAUACUCAAAUACCGCCUUUAGGUCAACAAAUUGAGCAAGUGUGGCACUUCGUUAAGUAUUCCUUUAUUACUGAGCCUGCUGAAGGAUGACGGUAUAUCCAGUACAUGCAGCCUGAAUUUAACGAGCACCACUUUAUCCUCGCAAUGUUAUGGUUCUUAGAAUCUUGAGUACCAUUUUAGGCAUUAUAUUCUUCUUGUGGUUAUUACUGGUGGACUUGUCUUGUUAAUUGUAAUCUACAGUAAUGAACGGUCUAUCCAGGUCCAUUGUAACUGUGUGAAGCUUAUACUUCGGUCAGUAUGGUUGACCCAAUACUGCUGUCCUCAAACACCUGAAGUCAUACAUUGAGUCCCUGUUGCUUUGCCUCAUUUAAGACUAGAGGACUAAUCGUGGAAAAUACCUAUCAGGGAAAACAACAAGAAUUUCAGCAAGGAUGUUUCUCUAUCGAUUUCAUCCUCGAAAGCUAUACAAUCGCAUUUGCAUGCAUAAGUUUAAAUGGAUACAAUUAUUACCUAAUUCCACUCCCUGCAUCUCAUCAGGUAGAACCAGAAAUCAGUACAAAAUAAUAUAUGCUCGUACAACCAAGUAUAGGAACUCAACGAUACCAUAUUUGGCCCGAGUUCUAAGUGACAGAGACAAUGUUAAGCGUGAAACCUAUGACUUGCUUUGUUGUUAAUAACAUAAUUUUGGCCCUUGUUAUUUCCCCCUUACACUCUCUUAUUUGUACUCUAUAGUGAACAACCUUCUUAAACAUACUUAGCUGCUUAAAAUUAUUAUCAUUGGCUUACAUUUUUAUUCUAUUCCUUCUUUGUACAUCUACUGGGUCCGACUAUAUUAUCACUAUGAUUAUUAAAAAAUUGUCCCGUCAUUAACCAUCAUGUAACAUUAGUUUUGUGGUUGUUCUUUGUUCGGCACUAUUUAACUGACAAUCUUGUUUGUUAUUGCCACUAUCACCAUCUUAAAAAAAUUUCGUAUUAUGCAUGAUUCCUCACACUACCACUACAAACAACCGCAUUAGUGCUGACAAUAAAAAAAAACACAACCUGAAAUGUUUAUCUUAUGAUUGCUUAGUGUUGUUCAAUCAAAUUAACUGAUCAUCUUGGCUAUAAACAUUUUUAAGAACAUCUCAUAAUUUCCUGUAUGAUUAUAGCUGUUACUGUUCACCACGCAUACACAUAUCGUAGCUUCCACUAACCAAUACUGAAAUAUUUUUUCAUUAUUUGUGUUUAUCUUCCUUUUUACUUGGUAUUUUUAUUUGCAUUUUUUUUGUUAUUUCUGUGUUUUUUUUUUUGGUUUUUUGUUGUUUUUUUAUAUAUUUUACUUUUUUUAUAAUACUCCUUUUAAAUGUACGAUGAAAUUAGAUGCAAUAUUGUAGAUAUGUGCUGAAAAUUCCACA